UGGUGAUUGUUGAUUUCGUUUAAUUUUCUCUCUCGUUUUGUUUUUCUUUCUCUAAUUAAUUUCUAUUUCCAUUUUGAUUAUUGUUCUUUUCUAUUUAAAUUAACUAUUAAUUGUUCACCUUCUCGUAUUACAGUUUAUUUGUAGAAUCAAAUCUCUGUUUCAAGGAUCUUUUUUCUUUAUCUUUUCUUUGUGGUUCUUUUUUUGAUUGUGAUUAUUUCUUUUUCAUCAAUUAAUUAUUUUUCCUUUUGUGUAAAUAACCUAAUUAAGUUAAUUGUUAAUCACUAUGGCAUCUCGACAUCUUCUUAAUCGGUGUUACACUUUGGUUGAUAAAACGUCUCUUGGUCAACGAGUUGGAAGUUUAUUUGGAUGUCAACAGAGGCGAUUCAUUGAUUUACAAGAGUAUCAGAGUAAAAAGAUCAUGUCUGAAAAUGGAUUAACUGUUCAAAGAUUUAAGGUUGUUGAUUCAAUGGAUAAUGCUGAUUCUAAUUUAAAUGAUUUUGUCUGUUCCGAGUAUGUGAUUAAAGCACAAGUAUUGGCCGGUGGACGAGGUAAAGGUUAUUUCAAGAAAUCUGGGAUGAAAGGUGGUGUUAAAUUGACCAAAGACAAGAAUGAAAUUUUACCUUUGGUGAAAAAUAUGCUCAAUGAUCACCUGGUAACAGCUCAAACUACUCAGGAAGGUGCAUUAGUCCGUAAAGUUAUGGUCGCCGAAGCUUUGGACAUUGAUAAAGAAUAUUAUGUUGCCAUAUUAUUGGAUCGAGCAUCGGGUGGACCUGUUCUGGUAACUUCUCCGUUUGGAGGUGUUAAUAUUGAAGAAGUCGCGGAAAAAAACCCAGAGGCCAUUCACAAAUAUCCAUUACCUUUAACCGAUAAUCAAGAAUUGGACUCAGCUUAUCUUAAACAUAUCGCCAAAAAUGGUUUAGGCUUGACUGACCAAGACGUUAUUGACAAGGCUGCCAAAGAAAUUUCCAAUCUAUUUAAGCUUUUUGUCAACAUUGAUGCAACUCAGAUUGAAAUUAAUCCACUUGGAUUAACACCCGAUAAGAAAGUUGUUUGUUUUGAUGCGAAAAUACAGUUUGAUGAGAACGCAUCUUUCCGACAGGGUUGGGUAAAAAGUUUGGAACAAGAAAAUUUAGACAAAGAGGAUCCUCGCCAAGUAUUAGCUAAAAAGUAUAACCUUAAUUUUGUCGCCAUGGAUGGUAACAUUGGCUGUUUCGUCAAUGGUGCUGGACUGGCGAUGGCAACAAUGGAUAUUAUUCACCAUCAUGGUGGUUCACCGGCAAAUUUUCUCGACGUUGGUGGUGGAGUGACCCAAGAUGGAGUAGAGAAAGCUUUCCGUAUUAUCACCCAAGAUCCUAAAGUAAAAGUUAUCCUGGUCAAUAUUUUCGGUGGGAUUGUUAAUUGUGAAACAGUUGCCGCUGGUUUAAUUGCUGCUCAUCAUUUAGUUAGUGUGCCAUUAAUUGUACGCCUUGAAGGAACCAAUCAAAAAUCCGCCAUGAAAAUGUUAGAAACCGUUCCAAGUAUAUUGACUGCCUCCGAUUUAGACGAUGCCGCCAAAAAGGCCGUUAAAGCCGCUUCGACUGCGAUCUAAGAGUCAAAAAACAUUCUCUUUCUUUCCAUAUUCAUUUUUCCACUUAUAUCAUUUUAAUCCAGUGGAAGGAAAGAAAGAAAUCAUCAAAUCAACUUAUCCUAAUCGACUAAAUUUAGCACCACAUAUAUACGAACUUAAUCAAGCGAUAUCUUCGUGCUCUUGUUUUUUUUUAAUUAUUUGUAUCUUGGAUAAGCCAGAGAAUGGAAGAUAAUUGGAAUGGAAAAAAAAAUUCUACAACCGGACUGUCGAUUAUGUGACCAUUUAGACUGACAAUCACAAUUAACGAUGAACAACAAAUCAACUUUUCCCGAUAACUAUUUUGAUUACAUUGUUUGUUACACUUAAAUUGUGUAGAUAAUCAAUCAAACCUUAGCAGAGCUUAAUUACAAACCUUAAUUAACAAGUAACUAUGUUAAUUAUUGGUAUUAAAAACGUUAUAAAGGGCAAAUAAUAGUAGGUGAAACAUUUAAUUGUUAAAUUUACUUUUUAAUUGUCAAUAUAAUAUUUUGCUUCUCUAA